AAUUCCCAGAUUCGUCGUGAUGGCCUCAUCUAAUAGUGGCAGCGCAAAGAAACUUAUUCAAAUCGACGUGAGUGCGGACACUGUGUGCCCGUGGUGCUUUGUGGGGAAAAAGAAUUUGGACAAAGCUAUAUCUUCUUCAGAUGAUCGAUACGCUUUUGAGAUCAAAUGGCAUCCUUAUAUGCUUAAUCCUUCAGCGCCUAAAGAAGGGGUUGUUAAGAAGGAAUUUUACCUUAACAAGUUUGGGCCUCGAGCUGCACAAAUGGAAGCGCGAAUGACGGAGAUUUUUAAGGGCCUUGGACUGGAGUACGACACUUCUGGACUUACGGGAAACACUCUGGACAGCCACAAGUUAAUCUAUUUUGCAGGCAAACAAGGGCUCGACAAGCAACAUAAACUCGUUGAAGAGCUUUACCUCGGCUACUUCACGCAGGGAAAGUACAUAGGUGACAGGGAUUUUCUUGUGGAGACUGCUAAAAAGGUUGGAAUUGAAGGAGCAGCUGAGUUUCUCGAAGAUCCAAACAACGGGGUAAAGGAGGUUAAUGAAGAAAUCGAGCAACACUCGGCCCACAUUAGUGGAGUCCCUCAUUAUGUGGUGAACGGGAAGUACCAAUUGAGCGGAGGCCAACCGCCUGAGAGUUUCCUAAAAGCUUUUCAGGCUGCUGCAAAUAGCUAG